AUGUCCUACUGGAGCACUCUCUGGACUUGGCUCUCCUGGCGCAUCAGCACCAUCCUCCACUCGGGCUGGACAGGUAUCUUCUGGGUCCAGCCCCACUGGGGCGUCGACGAUAUCCCAGACCAGACUGGCAAGGUGGCUCUAAUCACUGGCGGGAACUCUGGCACUGGAUACGCCACCGCUCUCGCUCUUUACAACGCUGGCGCCACCGUCUACAUUGCCUGCCGCGACCUGACUCGGGCUCAGGAAGCCGCAGACGACAUCGUCAAAGGUGGUGACCGGGGGAUCUGGGGCGUUCGCUAUCCCAAACAAGGGACACAGCGGUCUGUGAAGGAGAAAGACGUGGUGACGCAGCUCCCUAUCGAGGAUCUUGCCGGCGCGGGGCUGAAUGGACUCUGGAGAGCCAAGCACAUCAGAGGGGCGCAAUUCGAGAAAGACAAUGGACAGAGGACGAAGGGGAGGAUCGAGAUCAUCCAGCUAGACUUGGCAGAUUUGGCAAGCGUCGACAAGUGUGCUGACGAGUUUCUGUCCAAGGAGAAGCAUAUCGACUUGCUCUAUUGCAAUGCUGGAGUGAUGGCCACCAACGAGGGUCUGUACACCAAGCAAGGCUAUACGCUUCAAUUCGGGACCAAUGUUCUCGGACACCAUCGCCUCAUCACUCGCCUCCUUCCUACACUCCUUCAAAACGGCCCCCAGGAACCUGCCCGAGUCAUCAUCACAUCCUCUGCCGGACAUGGCUUUGCCCCUCCAAACGGCCUCGAUAUCCCUUCUCUCACCCGGUCACCCGAAGACCCUCCUCUGCCCGCUUCCUCUUCUUCUAUCAUCAAAGCUUCCAGAGGCAAAUAUGAGCUUGAGAAAUGGGCGGCGUAUGGACAGAGCAAGUGGGGAGAUAUCGCCCUUGCCAGGUGGCUGGAGGACACGUAUGGGAAGCAGGGACGGCUGAUUAGUGUGGCUGUUCACCCCGGAUUGAUCGCUUCAAACCUGGCAAAUCACCUUCCUGGUGUUGGCUUCAUUCUCAAACUUACCGCUUACGCUCCCUGGAUCGUGAAUGUGGUUACUAGAUCUCCUGCUACUGGUGCUUUAAACCAACUCUAUGCGGGUACCAUUCCACUUCCUUUCGCCUGGUAUCUCAAUGGGCAGUAUGUCGUUCCCUUUGGGGUUGUUGGUGAAAUGCGCCCCGACCUCUGGGAUAUCAAGAACGUACACCAAGUCUGGGACUGGUGUGUCGAACAGGGGAAAAAGUUCAACUAG